ACUUUGUGCUGGGCAGAGCUUUGCCUGCACCCAGGCACCCUGGGUGAGUGGGGCUGCUGGACAAGCCUCCCCAGCAGCACCCAGAGCCGGGCUGGGAGGAAGCAACCCACUGCAGAGCUCUGGGGCAGGUGUGUGAGCUGGUCUGAGCCUGGCACUGCAAGCUUGAGUCAUGCCACAAGAGGCCUCCAAGCUGAACCUGGGGAAGAAGAUCAGCACCCCCAGAGAUGUGAUGCUAGAAGAGCUUUCUCUCCUCACUAACAAAGGAUCCAAGAUGUUUAAAUUACGCCAGCUGAGAGUGGAGAAGUUCAUUUAUGAGAAUAACCCUGAUGCCUUCACCGACAAUUCUGUGGAUCACUUUCAGAAGUUCAUCCCGCCAGGAGGGCAUUAUGGGGAAGAUGCUCAUGGCUAUGCCCACGGGCGGAUGGUAGGAGGAGUGACAGCUGGACAGCAUGGCUCCAGUACACAGCAGCAUCCAGGUGUCCCUCCUAGGCCUGGAAGCAAAGGAGGCCCUAGAGACGGCGAAGGGGAGCAUGGGGGGAAAUCAUCUGGAAGUGGUGGAGAAGGAGGCGAUGGUACAGGCAAAGAUGGAAAGUCAGGAGGCAAAAAAGUCACUAUAUUUAAAACUUACAUCUCCCCUUGGGAACGAGCGAUGGGUAUCAGCCCUGAGGACAAAAGUCAGUUCACCACGGACUUACUGUCAUAUAGUCCCAAAGCUGAUUUCCCCCAUUACAAGUCUUUUAACCGGACUGCCAUGCCUUAUGGGGGUUAUGAGAGAGCAGCCAAACGGAUGACCUUCAAAGUGCCUCAGUUUGAUAUCUGCCCUGUGCUUCCAGAAUCUCUCAUGAUAUAUAAUCAAAAUUUCAGCAACAGACCCUCCUUCAACAGAACCCCAAUACCUUGGAUGCCUUCAGGAGACUCCUUGGAGUACCAUACUGAGAUCAAUGUGCCAAUAAGUGGUGAAACAGAAGAGCUGUAAAUCCCCACUGCCAAGACCUUUCCUUUCUUCUCGGCCCGUUCUAUUUGCAAGUUGAUAGUAAGGAGCUGAAAAG